AAUACCAACAGACAGACCUACACACACACAAAAAGAGGCUGUUGGGAGAGAAACAUAGUUAUUAUGCCUUAAGGUCAUAGAAAAGCUACUUAAAAAGGAACUCUUCUCUGCAGUCUUCGUAAGAGGAAGAAGAAAUACAAUAGAACUCUGUGUCUUUGCCAUCACUCAAUGGAGAUGAAGAUCGUACUCAUGCUAUGCCUUUAUAUUUCUUUGAAAGAAAUAGAAGGCAAAUCUCAUGUGAUUCGGCGGAGGGGACUUGUGGACCUGGCAGAAGUUAUCUACUGUUACACUGGUAGAUCUUCAUUUGCUUAUAUUGGGUAUGGGUGCUACUGUGGAGUUGGAGGCCAAGGAAGGCCAAAAGACAGGACAGACUGGUGCUGUCAGCAGCACGACUGUUGCUACGACAGAGCGGAUGCAGCUGGCUGCGUCACCAAAAUGGGUCAUUACAGCUGGACCUGCAAAGAUAACGCUGUGAAUUGUGAUGAGGCGGUUGAUAAAUGCCAAAAAAUGGUGUGCAAAUGUGACAGAGAAUUUGGGAAAUGCCUAACGAAAUCAGCUUAUAACAACAGGUAUAUUCUUUAUCCAGACUUCUUAUGUGGAAGUGUCUAUCCAUCAUGCAAAUAUAAACCAUAGUAUGAAGCGAAGAAGACAAAAUAAAUAUUUCAUAUGCGAAAUGCACUAAACGUUAAUGUUACAUUUAUUUGGAGUGAGGGGGAAUUGAAGAAAAAAAAUAAUGAUCUUGUGCUUGAGGAAAAAUAAACAUUGACAUUGUAGCAGCAUAUCGGGCUAUGAAAACAACCAGACGACAACUGUCAAUCACUCUGCACUUUUCUUGUUCUAUACAAAUUGUCAAUAAACCAC